GCUCGGGGCGCGGAUGGGGGAAGACGGAGCAAAGAUGGUGAAACGCGGAGCGCUCGUGGAGUUUUAACGCAGCGAUGUCCAAAUUCCCAGUGAACAAUCGCGCGCACGGCGGUCAAUAUGUGAGCGGGCAGUAAUCGCGUGCGAUCAGCGGGUGCGAGACAAGCGCGCGUUGGGACCCGUCGUGGCACGGCAGCCGUGGAGGAUCGUAGACGCGAAGUUGAAUGUGUGUCAUCUGGAAAGAUAAGCUGUUUACUACGCGCCGAAGGCUAUCAGUCGAUCAUCAAAACAUUUCGUGAGUGCAUUGGUACAUGGCAGUACCUGAAAACUCCCGUUCCGUUUUCUCGACACUUUUUUUCUCCGGACGCGCGUUCGACUCGACGGUGAAAAAUGUGCCGCGGUCGAAAACCGCAGCGUGGACUUUCUGCGCCCUGAUCCGGCGACUCGCUUGGUCGUUCUAGAUGCUUGCGGAGCAACCAUCAACCGGUAGCUAAAUAAACUUAAUGACAUGAAAGAAUGAAACGAGAAACUGUUAUUACCUGUGUGGAGCCGAGCCGACGAGCGCAAACGAUGACGACGGUACUGGACGGUAACUAUCAACGGAUGCCUCAAGGGCAGCAGGAGGAAUACGGGGAUGAGGAGGACGAGCGCGAAGAGACACCUCAGGAGUCGGGCGUCAUAAUCCACGUGGUGCCGGAGGGAAACAAGGCACGAUGGAAUCACAUCGAGGACUUGGACUCGUUCUUCACGCGCAUGUACCGCUAUCACCAGCAGCACGGCUUCGUCUGCAUAAUUCUCCAGGACGCGUUGGAGUUAGGGCAAUUCUUUUUCGUAGUCACGUUCGUCACCUUUCUCUUUAACUGCAUCGAUUACAACAAGUUCUACGACAAUGGACACGCUAACAAUGCCAGUGCGAUAAUGUGCGGCAGUUUCGGUGAAUGCCUCGCGUUGAUAUCUCCAUGGUAUUGGUGCCUUCUUGUAGUCGCGGCGUUGUUUUUUAUCCUGCAAAUGUUUAAAGUUUUAUACCACGUCUCGCAGUACUGGGAAAUCAAAAUGUUCUUCAACACAGCGCUCAAGAUAGCCGACAAGGAGCUGGACAAUUUCACGUGGCACGAGGUCCAGAAACGAGUGAUAGAAGUGCAGAAAGAGCAGGAGAUGUGCAUCCACAAGAGGGAACUUACAGAGCUUGAUAUAUACCACAGGAUAUUGAGACACAAAAAUUACAUGGUGGCGAUGAUCAAUAAGUCUCUUCUGCCUGUGCGACUAAAAUUCCCCAUUAUAGGAGAAGUCAUCUUCCUGACACGUGGACUGAAAUACAAUAUAGAAUUAUUGUUGUUUUGGGGACCAUGGUCGCCGUUCGAGAACAAUUGGCAUCUGAAGGAGGACUACAAGAAGUUGAACAAGAGGCAGGAGCUCGCACGAUCACUGUCCAAGUCCAUCCUGUGGGUCGGCAUCGCCAAUUUCGUCCUUUGUUUCCUCAUCCUUCUCUGGCAGGUUCUUUAUACGUUUUUCAAUUACGCCGAGACCAUCAAACGAGAACCGAGUUUUCUCGCGAUGCGAACGUGGUCGCUGUACGGCCGUUUGUACCUGCGUCACUUCAACGAACUUGAUCACGAGCUGAACGCGCGUCUCAGCCGCGCAUACCGUCCCGCCUCCAAGUACAUGAGCAGCUUCACGUCGCCGGUAGUGAUAAUCGUUGCAAAGCACAUCGCCUUCAUCGCCGGCAGUUUGCUGGCAGUGUUGCUGCUCAUCACGCUCAUCUACGAGCCGAGCUUCUCGAUGGAACGCCUGAUCGCAUACAUGACUCUGUUGGGCCUUGUCGCAGCAGCCGCCAAGCAAUUCGUACCUGACGAGAACAUGGUCUGGUGCCCCGAGACUCUGCUGACCGCCGUGCUCGCACACACGCACUAUAGGCCGGACAGCUGGCGUGGCACGGCACACACGCAGAUUACUAGGGCUCAAGUGGCGCAGCUGUUCCAGUAUCGCGCGGUACAUCUUCUGGAGGAGCUGGUCUCCCCGUUCAUCACCACGUACAUCCUGUGCUUCCGCAUGAGAUACCGCGCCCUAGAGAUCGUAGACUUCUUUCGCAACUUCACCAUUGAAGUCGCCGGAGUCGGCGACGUCUGCAGCUUCGCUCAGAUGGACGUGCGCAGGCACGGCAAUCCCAUGUGGCAGACUGUCGCGCACAGUCCCACAGUCUCACCGCUACCGCUAGACGAUCGUAGCUCUGGAUACGACAAUCAGUACGGCAUCGACGAUCCGAACAAAUUCCACGUGCCGAUGUCGAAUCACUACACUCAGGCGGAGGAUGGCAAGACCGAGUUGUCCCUUAUACACUUCACCUUGACGAAUCCCGAGUGGAAGCCACCGUCUCAUGCGGAGAGCUUUGUAACCGCGUUGAGAGAGAGGGCCAAGAAAGAAGUGAACGCGGUUCCUGACCCUGAUAACAAUCCCCUGAUCGCCAGCUUAAAUAGCCUAUCCGGUCUUGGCUAUAACGAGCAUGUGUCAAAAAUCAUCCGCAGCACGAUAAACCAAGUGAGCGUACCUAGUAUGAGUAACAUCUUCACGAAUCAACCGGGCACGUCGACUACUCGGUCGAUUAGCGAUUCGCAAUCUAGAUCCCAGUCCAAGUCCAGGUGUCGAGGUCUGUCCAAAACGGAAGGUCCGUUGCACAACGAGAGGGGAUUCUUGUACGAUCUGCAGCAAGGCAUAUCGAAUCAGUCGCUGGGCGCCUCCGUAUUCGGAUCGGGUCACAGUUGUGUCGUUGAGAUGAACGCGGAACAGUAUGUACCCGCGGAGCUGACUGCUGCCGAUAUGUCUUUGUCUACAUUGUACCUGCAUGAACUUCAUCAUAGACAAGUAAGGAGGAGAGGUUAUCAGGAGAUGGCAACGAGAAGUAUAUGGCAGCGAAGUCCGGUUCAGGAGCUGGCGGCGCUUCCCGAGGUCAGGCAAGAGCGAGUGCCGCUCUUGCUGCAUCAAGACUCCUCUUUAAGGAAACCUAGGGAAUCCUAACGUUACGUUUGAGGAUUCACUUGUGUGGGGUCCGAUUCUCUCGCGCAAUAAUCGUCAUUUAUUUAAACGGAAUAAAGUGAUUUUUAUCUUUCUUAUCGUGACGAAUUCAUGAAUGAAUUAUUUUACGAGCGCAUCCGAGAGGCCGGAAUCGUCUGAACGCUCUCUCGGUGUUGUGUAGAGAUCAUUACGUCUUCUCGAAAUAUUUUUACUAUUAAACGAUACGGGGAGAGAGAGAGCGUACAUGUAUACUUCUUCUCUCUUUCUCUCUUUCUCCCACUUAUUUUUUCCGCGUGUGGCCAACGAUCUAACAAUGCCUAUACUUAAUGUCAAGGGCCUAUUCUGAAAGCUUACAUUUUAUACGUACGGUAUCCAGGAUAAACGUUACUGUAAUAUUCUUUUCUUUUUCCUCUGUUCUCUUCUUGUGACGUAAUUGCAGACUCUACAUGUAUAGGAGACACGAUUGAUUUAGCCAAUUGAUUGAUUUGGUCCGUAACGGACUUUGUUAUUCGAGAGAGAUGCAGCAUAUGUCAAAAGCACAGAUUACUAGCAAUUAGGAUAUUCCAAAUGUAAGUAAGGUAACGAACGUAAUGUCCUUCGAUGGAGAAUUAACAGAAGAGGAAAGACAAGGCAGGGAAGGAAUUUUACGUUUGUCAGAGACGAGACGCGUAAUUUACUAUGCUCGAUAAUUUUAAUCACCUCCCAAUGCCACGAUUCUCUAGUCAUACGAAAUUAAUGUCGCGCCGUAAUACACUUCUUUUUUUUAGAUGAAGUGGGUUCUAUUUAUUCUCAAUGUUUUAUUUUUAUUACUAUUAGCUAAACACUUUGCACACAACGGCGGCUGAAUAUUGAUGGCUAGGGUAACUCGUAGAAUCACGUGUACAUAAGAUCGCGAUAUUUUCAGUAAUGCCGCGACAGGUAUAACGGGUCAAGAGAGACGAGAGCGUUUUCUUGUCCCUUGAUGCAACGGAGGUUGUUACGAAGUACAUUUAAGGCAGAUUUAGAUUGUUCUCUACUUAUUCUUUAUUUAUACGCAAUAUUUAGUAACUUAAUGCGGAAUCGAUGAUUUUUAAAUGAAUUAACGUAUAACAAGUAACAUAAAUACUUCAAUAAAAAGAUACGGUUUGCUAAAUCUUAUAUCGAUGUGAUUCUCGUGAAACGAGAAAACUAGUGCAGUAAGAAACAUCUGUAAUUAUACCAUCGUAACGGAAAUAAAUACAUUUCAUAA